GUCAUCAUCCUUUUGGUGACUGCUGCUCUGGCCACUCCUCCCAUAGAUUCUCCUUUUGCUAACUUCCUGUCUUAGGAGAUUGGCACAGGGUCUGCUACUUUAUAUCGCUCAGAGGCAGCUGUUUUCCUUUCUUCUUUGGGGUUUAGGAUUAUGCAAACGAAGCAUGAAGACAAAAGCUCAGUGAGGUGGGGGAGGAUUGCCUUUAAAAGUCCAGGCAAUUUUAAGAGCUCUUUGAGAUCUCUCUCUCUCUCUCUGAUUUUACUAACAUCUCUCUUGGCUCUUUGCCAGUCUGUUGAGACUCCCGCCCCUCAUCAGAGCCUUUUAACCAAAGACCUGAAAGUUUAUUUUGAAGCCUCUGUCCUGGCCUCAUUUUGCAAGAGCAGAAAUCCACGCAUAUAUGUGCUUUCAGUGUCUGUGGGCUGGCUUUGAGUUUUGAUGUCUAUCUGAUUCAAACUUCCUUUUUCUGUCUUACCUGGACAGAAAACUCUGACCCAGUUCCCUCUCAGGUUCCCACUUUUCUGAUAUUAUCUGGAGGGCAAUAGGACCUGGGGAGGUUCAACCCUGCGGCCAAGGGAGACACACCUGCCUAACCGCGUGGGUUGAGCGAGUGUGGGAGCGAGCCACUUUAGCUAGCUGUGGAGGGAGGGGUAGAAGUGGGUGCCUGCUGCUGCUCCCGGAGAAGAGGAAAGCUGUGGCUCCCUCCUGGAUCCCGAGGUCAUGGUGAGAAAUGUUGCCGAAGAAUGGCUCAGGCUCCUUCUUGUUUGUGCCUAGCUACCUGGAGCAUCCCUUGGAACUCUGGCUCAUUUUGCUUUGCCCCAGCUGUGUCUCCCACUCGCCCAGCCCACGCCACCACCACCCCGCCCAAGUCAUCCAGGUGCCAUAGGUCCCAAAGCCCAGGAGCCGCCGCACUUCUCAAACUGUGACUUUUGUAGCAAAGUGUCUCCGUGAAGAAAUCCCUCCGGCCUCUCGUGUUCGGUACUGCGUGCUCCGCUUUUUUUUUCUGAGGAGACCUCCCUUGGGGACAGCGGUGGCGUUACUCCAGCUCCCAGCCAGGCAGUCUUGGGGGCGGGGCUUGGAGAACCUUCCUGAGAACCCUUGCCUCGCUGCAGGUCCUGAGAGCUCGCUGGCUCACAAGCGCCAGCAGGCAAACUAACAGGCACAACUUAACAUCAGGUUGGAUGGAUACCUAGGUGCUGAACUGAGUCCUCCAGGCUGCGACCCUUCUGCCUUGGUUCAGGUCUCUGCUGACUUGAGAAUUCACAUGGAUGAGAAUUCCUCGGGAGAAGCUGCUGCCUGUGUGAUGUGCCACCCCUGUCUGGAGGACUGUGACAGGGACCUCAGUGGAAAUAGCUGUUCCUUGACUUUUCCCACGCCUGGAAUUGGACACCAGACACAGUGUGGGGUGCUUGUCUAAGUUUCUCAGCACCUAUGUGGAUGAUUGCAUUCCAGGGCCAAUCAAGAGUGAAGUUCAAAGAGAUACUUCUGCACUCUGUUCCAGACUCUCAAGUCUAGACGAGAGGUGUCCCUGUUGUGACUCGUUGGUCUUCAUUCAGGAACUCGACUUGACACUGUCCACCUGACUGAACCUUGGACAGCAGUGGCUACGGGGGCUCUGUUGGGGAUGGAUGGGGAAGAGUUCUGAACUCCAGACAAUAAGAGAUUCUCCACAAUGGAUAGAGUUUAUGAAAUUCCUGAGGAGCCAAAUGUGGUUCCAGUUUCAUCUCUGGGAGAAGAUGUCAUCCGUGGGCCUAACCCACGCUUUACCUUUCCAUUUAGUAUCCUCUUCUCCACCUUUUUGUACUGUGGGGAGGCUGCAUCUGCCUUGUAUAUGGUUAGGAUUUAUCGAAAGAAUAAUGAAACCUUCUGGAUGACAUACACCUUUUCCUUCUUUAUGUUUUCAUCCAUUAUGGUUCAGUUGACUCUCAUUUUUGUUCACAGAGACCUGGCCAAAGAUAGACCACUAUCAUUAUUUAUGCAUCUAAUUCUCUUGGGACCUGUUAUCAGAUGUUUGGAGGCCAUGAUUAAAUACCUUACACUGUGGAAGAAAGAGGGGCAAGAGGAGCCCUAUGUCAGCCUCACCCGAAAGAAGAUGCUAAUAGAUGGCCAGGAGGUGCUGAUAGAAUGGGAGGUGGGCCACUCCAUCCGGACCCUGGCUAUGCACCGUAAUGCCUACAAACGUAUGUCACAGAUUCAAGCCUUCCUGGGCUCAGUGCCCCAGCUGACCUAUCAGCUUUAUGUGACUCUGAUCUCUGCAGAGGUCCCCCUGGGUAGAGCUGUGCUAAUGGUUUUCUCCCUGAUAUCUGUCACCUAUGGCGCUACCCUCUGCAAUAUGUUGGCAAUCCAGAUCAAGUACGAUGACUACAAAAUUCGACUUGGGCCACUGGAAGUACUUUGUAUCACCAUCUGGAGGACAUUGGAGAUCACUUCCCGCCUUGUGAUUCUGGUGCUCUUCUCAGCCACCUUGAAAUUGAAGGCUGUGCCCUUCCUAGUGCUCAACUUCUUGAUCAUCCUCUUUGAACCCUGGGUUAAGUUCUGGAGGAGUGGUGCCCAAAUGCCAAACAAUAUUGAGAAAAAUUUCAGCCGGGUUGGCACUCUGGUGGUACUGAUUUCUGUCACCAUCCUCUACGCUGGCAUCAACUUCUCCUGCUGGUCAGCCAUGCAGUUGAAGUUGGCAGACAGAGACCUUGUUGACAAAGGUCAGAACUGGGGACACAUGGGACUGCACUAUAGUGUGAGAUUGGUAGAAAAUGUGGUCAUGGUCUUGGUAUUUAAGUUCCUCGGCGUCAAAGUGUUACUGAACUACUGCCAUUCCUUGAUUGCUGUGCAGCUUAUCAUUGCUUAUCUGAUCUCCAUUGGAUUCAUGCUCCUUUUCUUCCAGUACUUGCACCCAUUGCGCUCACUCUUCACCCAUAAUGUAGUAGACUACCUCCAUUGUAUCUGCUGCCGCAGACACCAUCGGGAAAGGGCUGAGAAUGCCGAGCCAUCACAUGAGGCUGAAAUGAGACAAAGUAUUGUCUGAUUUGUUUUCUCCUGAACGGUAUAGGGCAUGUUUGGGGUUGACAUGAGCAACUGUGAAGUUAAAGGAGAGGGGGAGACUCCUGUGUGUGUGUACUCGCUGGAUCAUUUUCUUGACUCUUCUAGUAAGCCUAUCAAAAGAAAGAGUGACCUCCAAAUAGGUUUUACUUCUUUAUGAUUGACUGCUAUGUCGGGGUACCAGCGCUAGUCACUGUUUAUUUAGUUUAUCCUCCUCCUAGUCAAGUCAGUUGGAAUAAUUUCUGGGUACCUCAUUCAGGCUCUGAAUUUCCAACUUUGUUCAUUUGUUUGAGUUAUUGUUGAGUUUCCCUGGGCUGAUCUGAACUCUGCCAGAACACAUCUGGACUGAUCAGAGGAUGUGACAGCUUACUAGCAAUGAGCAUCUCCCAGAAAAUUGUCUGACUCUUGUGAUACUUUUACCUGUGAGAGUGGCUAGGAUAUUUUUAUUCAGUGAGAAAUUGGGGCUAAGAAGAAGGCCUCAUUAUUAAAGAAAGCUAAUCUCCAGAUGAGUAGCACUCCACUAGGAUUUUACUAAUGGACAUUUAGCAAAAAUUUCCCUUUUUAGAAGCCUUUAUGGACACCCUUUUGUAGAAACAUGUGCAGAAUAGGAUUCCUUCAGGGAAUAAAUCAGGAUGGCGUAUUUUUUUCAAGGCAUGUAUCUCAGGCUGGCUCAAAGUUACUAUGUAACUAAGAACUAUGUAGCUUGAUCUCCCAACCUUUCUGCCUUUACCUUCUGAGUAUUGGAACUAUAGAUGAGUGCCACUGCAUCUGGUUUAUAUGCUGCUGGGGACUGAACCCAGGCCUAGGAAAGCACCAUUUAUGCAGUGCUGAGCGUUUGACCCUGGGUCAGAUAAGCACGUCACCAACUGAGACAUCUCUGGCCCCAGGAAUGACUCUUAAGGAACUCUGUAGGUCUCCAACUCCAUUGAGGGAAAUGUUUGACUGAAAUUUCUCACCCAGUGCCCCAUUAUUAGGGAUUCCUCCAAUACAGCUUUUCUGUCUCUUUGCAUUUUGUUACUUGAUGUAAACAUUAGAGAAGCUAAACUGUAACUGGAAGUGUUUUCUGAAAUGUGAAAGAAAUGAAGAUUUCUUUGUGUCUGCAA